AUAAAACACUUUUACGUCUAAUACUUCAACAAGAAAAUCUUGCUAUAGAUGAAAUGGAAGUAUGUAAAUUCAUGAUUCAAUGUGCUAUUACUCAAUCUUUGAGAACUUUAAACAUAGAAGAUAUUUUAGAAUUGUCAUCGGAAGAUUUAAGUAUUAUAAAAGGAACGUUACAAGAAUUUACUCCGUUAAUUAGAUGGUUUCAAAUUUCAAAUGAAAAUUUUUUAAAAUUUCAAAAAUUGUUUGAAAUUAUUUUACCAAUUCCUCAUAUAGAUUCAAAACUUUUAGGAGUAGAACACUUUGCAAUGAUUUCAAGCUGGAUAGAUAGAAAUAAUACACAGAUAUACAAAACUCAAUUUCCUUAUAAAUUUAAGUUAUUGUAUAGAGCAAGUGAGAAUGGAUUCGAAGUUAAAAAUUUUCAUAUAUUAUGCGAUAAGAAGGGACCAACCGUAACUAUCUCAAAAUUUGCAAGAAAUGGAAAAAUAGUCGGAGGUUAUAACCCAUUAGAUUGGAAACCACAAAACGAAACCAUAGAAAAUACAACAAUACCUGAUUAUCAUAGUUGGUGGGCAACAUCAGAAAGUUUUUUAUUUUGUUUUAAAAACAAGAAAACAAAUUCGAAUUCACAAUGGGCGAAAUUUGCAAGAGUUGCAAGUGUGCAUAGUGCCAUAUGUUAUAAUAGGCAUUUAUGUGGGCCAGCUUUUGGACCUGGUUGGGAUCUGGUGAUCGGUGAACGUUACAAACACGCGUCUUGUUGGGGAUCUACAGGAUACCCUGAAAGUCGUUUAUUUUUUAAUUCAGUUGAAUGGAAUGCGGUGCAUCAUGAAUUAGAAGAUUACGAAGUUUUUCAAGUUAUUAAUAAAUAUUAA